UUGACCGGAGGCAGACGGGAGGAUAAGAAAUGACUUCACAUUAAAAAUGAGGAGUAAACCGUCGAUUUAAAAACAAGGACCUUGAGCCUCUGAAUUCCCCCCGCACUGGAUGUUUUCUUUUCUUUUGUCGUGCCGGAGGAAUAUUUCCCCUCAACGUUAGAUCUUUUGCAUUAAUAGUGUUUUUUUUUUCCAGAGUAGCUAGCGUAAAACCAUACCUGGCACAGGUCAUAUGUAGGCUGUCUUUACCAUAGACUGUAUACUCGCUUUAUUACGUUAACUUAGACACCGGACGCUAAAACAGAGAAUACGUUCAGCUGAGGGGUUUUUCCUUCAACAAAAAUGUGAGUCCUUGUUCUCCUUUCAGUGAGGUAGCCAAGCCCAGUCGUUGGCAUCUGAAACAGCUGGGUCGUGUCGAGAAAGACUGGAUUAACGUUGUUUUUUCCCUGAACACCUCCGAGAAGAAACCGCGGACGUCUUUUACAGUGACCGUCAAUCAAAAUGAGCGUCGAUUUAACUGAAUCAGCUACAUGAGUGGAGUCUAAACAAACACGUUUCUCCCAGGGAGCGUACAUUUUUCUACCCACAUCUGAAAUAAACGGCUCCAGUUACCCUGGAAAAUAUGGAAAGCGAGGUUUUCACCCCUUUGCUGGAGCAGUUCAUGCUCACGCCUCUGGUCUGCUGGGUGAAGACAGUCGGGCAACCGACAGUGACCGAUGGCAACAAAUUAUCGGAAUAUAUUGAAUUAGUGGAUGGGAUUUACCUGAACGAGAUAAUGCUUGAGAUAAAUCCUAAGGCCACGGUGCAGAGAACCAACAAGAAAGUGAACAAUGACCCCACACUGCGCAUCCAGAACCUUUCUAUUCUCACCAGGCAGAUCAAAGCCUACUAUCAGGAGACUCUCCAACAGCUGGUGAUGAUGCCUUUGCCAAACGUGCUGGUACUGGGCCGGAACCCUCUGUCUGAGCUUGGCCUGGAGGAGAUGAAAAAACUGUUGCUGCUGCUACUAGGCUGUGCUGUCCAGUGCGAGAAGAAGGAAGAGUACAUUGAGCGUAUCCAGACUCUGGACUUCGACACCAAAGCUGCCAUAGCAUCCCACAUCCAGGAGGUGACUCAUAAUCAGGAGAAUGUAGUGGACCUGCAGUGGUUGGAAAGUGGGGAAAUGCCCCCUGAGGACCUGGACAGCCUCUCCAGAAACCUGGCUUUCCAUCUCAAACACCUGGUAGAUGAGAGGGACACACAGCUGGAGACUAUAGUGGAGUUGACCCAGGAGAGAGACUGUGUGCAGCUGUCUCCACUGGCUCCUUGUCCGACCCAAUCUCCCGGUGACUCCCCCAGUAUGAGGAGGACUGAAAGCAGACAGCACCUCUCUGUGGAGUUGGCUGAUGCCAAGGCCAAGAUCAGGCGCCUUCGACAAGAAUUAGAGGAGAAGAGUGAGCAGCUUUUGGACACCAGGCAGGAGCUUGAGAACAUGGAAGUGGAGCUCAAGAGGCUUCAGCAAGAGAGCUACCAGCUGCUGUCAGACGCUCGGUCGGCUCGGGCAUACCGUGACGAGCUGGACGCACUCAGAGAGAAAGCGAUCCGUGUCGACAAGCUGGAGAGCGAGCUGAGCCGAUACAAGGAGAGACUUCAUGACAUUGAGUUUUACAAGGCCAGAGUCGAGGAGCUGAAGGAGGACAACCAGGUCCUGUUGGAGACUAGGGCCAUGUUGGAGGAGCAGUUGGAUGCUACCCGUACCCGGUCUGACAAACUGCACCUCCUGGAGAAAGAGAAUCUGCAGCUCAAAUCCAAGAUGCAUGACCUGGAGAUGGAACGGGACAUGGACCGUAAGCGUAUGGAAGAGCUGUUGGAGGAGAACCUUGUGCUUGAGAUGGCCCAGAAACAGAGCAUGGAUGAGUCCCUGCACCUGGGCUGGGAGCUGGAGCAACUAUCCAAGACACCAGAACUGACCGACGCCCCUCAGAAGUCUCUGGGCGAGGAGGUGAAUGAGCUGACCUCGAGCCGUCUGUUGAAGCUGGAGAAAGACAACCAGACCCUGCUGAAGACUGUGGAGGAGCUCCAAGCAGCAGCCAGCCAGGACACCGUGACAAAACUGGCCAAAGUCAGCCAGGAAAACCAGAGACUAAACCAGAAAUUGGAGCAGCUGGGCAGUGAACUGACCGCAGACAGAGAGUCGCUCCGCAGCGCAGAGUCACUCAGUACGGACCUGAUGAAGGAGAAGGCUUUACUAGAAAAGACUCUGGAAACACUCAGAGAAAACUCUGAGAGACAGCUGAAGGGUCUGGAGCAGGAGAAUAAGCACCUGGGUCAGACGGUGUCGUCUCUGCGUCAGCGCUGCCAGGUUGGUGCUGAGGCCCGGGUCAAGGAUGUGGAGAAAGAGAAUCGCAUUCUCCACGAGUCCAUCUGCGAGACAACCGCCAAACUCAAUAAAAUGGAGUUUGAAAGGAAACAACUACGUAAGGAGCUUGAUGUGAUGAAGGAGAAAGGUGAGAGAGCAGAGGAGUUGGAGAUUCAGAUGCAGAAGCUGGAAAGGGACAAUGAGAGUUUGCAGAAGAAAGUUGCCAGUCUUGGAAUCACCUGUGAAAAGGUGUCUUCUUUGGAGAAGGAGAACACUGAAUUGGAGGCAGAGGGCCGUCGUCUGAAGAAGAAGCUGGAUGCUCUGAAGAACAUGGCCUUCCAGCUGGAGGCUCUGGAAAAGGAGAACUCGCAGCUGGAGCAAGAGAACCUGCAGCUCCGGCGCUCGGCUGAGAGUCUCCGGUCAGCGGGGUCUAAGGCCGCUCAGCUGGAAGCGGAGAACAGGGAGCUAGAGAGUGAGAGGAGCCAGCUGAAACGCAGCCUGGAACUGCUCAAAGCCUCAUCCAAGAAGACUGAGAGACUAGAGCUGAGUUACCAGGGCCUAGAUACAGAGAACCAGCGCCUGCAGAAGGCUUUAGAGAACAGCAGCAAGAAGAUCCAGCAGUUGGAGGCAGAGCUGCAAGAGGUGGAGACUGAGAAUCAAACCCUCCAACGCAGCUUGGAGGAACUCAAGAUCUCCAGUAAACGCCUGGAACAGCUGGAGCAAGAGAACAAGACUCUGGAGCAGGAAAGCUCCCAGUUGGAGAAAGACAAGAAGCUUCUGGAGAAGGAGAACAAGCGUCUGCGGCAGCAGGCCGAGAUCCGCGACUCCAAGCUGGAUGAAGACAACCAGCGGAUCUCCACCUUGGAGAAAGAAAAUCGGACCAUGGGCAAGGAGAUGAUCUUCUUCAGGGACUCCUGCACGAGAGUCAAAGAUCUGGAGAAAGAGAACAAAGAGCUGGUCAAACAGGCCACCAUUGAUAAGAAGACCCUCAACACACUCAGAGAGGAGCUUGUGAGCGAGAAGCUGCGGACUCAGCAGAUGAAUAAUGAUCUGGAUAAACUAACCCAUGAGCUGGAGAAGAUUGGCCUGAACAAGGAAAGGCUACUGCAUGAUGAGAGCUCUGACGACAGGUUUAAGCUCCUGGAAACCAAACUGGAGUCGACUCUGAAAUCAUCAUUGGAGAUUAAAGAGGAGAAGAUUGCCGCCCUAGAGGCCAGACUGCAGGAGUCCUCCAACCUCAACCAGCAACUUCGCCAAGAGCUAAAGACGGUGAAGAAAAACUAUGAGGCGCUGCGUCAGAGGGAGGAGGAGGAGAGGAUGGUGCAGAGCUCACCCCCUAGAGGAGGGGAGGACCCUCAGUCUGUCAGUAAAUGGGAGAAGGAGAGUCAUGAAGCCACCAGGGAACUGCUGAAAGUCAAAGACAGACUCAUCGAGGUGGAGAGGAAUAAUGCCACGCUGCAGGCUGAGAAGGCGGCCCUGAGGAGCCAGCUCAAACAACUGGAAACUCAAAGCUCCAACCUGCAGGCUCAGAUAGUUGCUGUGCAGAGACAGACUGCUUCUUUACAGGAGAACAAUACGACACUACAGACGCAGAACGCCAAGCUGCAGGUGGAGAACUCCACCCUGAGCUCGCAGAGUGCAGCCCUCAUGGCCCAGAAUGCCCAGCUGCAGAGCCAGCAGAGCAGCGUGGAGGGUGAGCGCGAGGGAGCUCUGAAGGAGAAAGAGGAGCUCAGGGCCACCUAUGAGCUGCUGCUCCGCGAUCAUGAGAAGCUGGCGGCGCUCCACGAGAGGCAGGCGGCCGAGUACGAAGCUCUGAUCGGAAAGCACGGGGGCUUGAAGUGCUCCCACAAGAGUCUGGAGCAGCAGCACAGGGACCUGGAGGACAAGUACAAGCAGCUCCUGCAGAGGAAGGGGGAGCUAGAGGAGCUCGAGAAAAAUCUGAAGGAGCAGCGGGGAAAAAUGGCGCUGGAGAGCCAAACACACCAAGCCACAGCUGACCAGUACAAACUGCUCAAAGAGGAAAAUGAUAGACUGAAUUCUAGCUAUCGUCAGCUGGUAAAGGACAACGAGAAUCUCCAGCUGGACCAUAAGAACAUAAAGAGCCAGCUGAACAGCGCAACGCUAGAGCAGACCAAGCUGGAGGCCGAAUUCUCUAAACUCAAGGAGCAGUACCAGCAGCUCGACAUCACCUCCACCAAGCUCACCAACCAGUGUGAGUUGCUGAGCCAGCUGAAAGGAAACCUGGAGGAGGAGAAUCGUCACCUGUUGGACCAGAUCCAGACUCUAAUGCUGCAGAAUCGUACACUACUGGAGCAGACAAUGGAGAGCAAGGACCUGUUCCACGUAGAGCAAAGACAAUACAUAGACAAGCUGAAUGAGCUGAGGAGACAGAAAGAGAAGCUGGAGGAGAAGAUCAUGGACCAGUACAAGUUCUAUGACCCCUCCCCUCCACGCAGGCGUGGUAACUGGAUCACUUUGAAGAUGAAGAAGUUGAUCAAGCCGAAGAGCCGGGAGAGGAUGCGCUCUCUCACGCUGACUCCCUCUCGUUCAGAGUAUGGCGACGGCUUCCUGACCUUCCCCCAGGACAGCCAGGACAGCUCGUCCAUAGGCUCUGGCUCCAACUCGCUGGACGACACACUUACACAAAAGAGGAGCAGCACUAUAAAAAGGUUACCUUUCAUGAGGAACAGAUCCAAGGACAAAGACAAGGCCAAGGCCAUCUACCGGCGCUCCAUGUCUAUGAAUGACUUGCUGCAGACCAUGGCGGUGGCAGGCGGACCCGGGGCUCAGUGGGCGUGUAGCAUCGAGAACCUAGAAGGCGCUGAGGCCGGAGACGUCUGCAUGCCGGGCAGCAGCAGGCGCGGCGGGCAGCGCAUGAAGGAGCUCGCCUUUUCCACCACCGCCAUUGAUUGUGCCGCCCUCACCCUGCCCUCUGCAGGGCACAGCAGGGCCAAGCUCCGGCUUAAAGUCAAAGAUAAUGUCUCCUGUGAGGAUGUUGCCGGCUCCUUGGAUGACCCCAAGAGUCAAGGCCUGAAGGUGUAUAACAGCGCUCUGGCUCUGUGCCCUUCUCCUGCUGAGCUGAGCAUUACGUGCAGAGUUCCUUGUAGCAUCUGUACCUCCAGACCCUCCAGUCUCCAUAGCAACAGGACUACCAGUAGUAAUAGUAACAAUAACUCCCACCUCGCUUCUCCUCUGGAGGGCAAAGGCACAAUGAACGGCAGCCUCAGCAGGCCUCACAGCGAGAGCAGUGGAGAGUUCAGCCUGAGCUUGGACCAGGAAGUGUGGUCCAGCAGCGGCAGCAGCCCAGUCCAGCAGCCCACAUCCUCCCGCUCGUCCCACCAGAGCCCCCUACAGCUGCGCAGGUCCCUAGACCCAUCCACCGCCGCAGGCAGCUCUGCACAGACCCAGAUCAGGAAGACAGGAUCCCCAGCCACUGAGGUGCUUUCCCUGCAGCAGUUCCUGGACGAGGGUAUUGAUCCUGCUGAGUCUGGCAGCCAGGAGAACCUCACUGUAGACUCUCCUCGCCUCUCCACUUCUAAUGAGCAUGUGCAGAAAGAACGCACUUCCACAAAGGGCCGGGGCAUAUUACGCUCAUCCAGUGGGAAAACAGCGGCGGUCAGCUCAGAUCGCCCGCCGAGAUCCGCUGGACAACCGGGUCGCCCAACCCUUCGUAAGGCGGAGAGCACCCGUGUGAAAGGCUCCGUCCCGAUCCGCUCCAGCCUGUCCUCGCAGGGCAAAGCCACAUCUGUCUCCGAACGCCUGGACUCCGCUUCCUCCACGCUGCCCCGGGCCAGCAGCGUCAUCUCCACCGCCGAGGGCACCACGCGGCGCACCAGCAUCCACGACCUGCUCUCCAAAGACAACCGGCAGCCCGUGUCCGUCGACCCUUCUCCUGCUGUCGCUCCCACCAAGGCUGCAGUACGCUCCCAGCCUACACCCAGUGAGUACCACCCCAACAGCACCAACCUAAAAGGACACCUUACUACCACCCCCCUGCCCAAGUCACUCAGCUUACCUUGCCAUAGCUCGGAGGAUCCCGACCUCUCCACCCUCGAGUCUUUCCUCGGCCCUUCCUUUACUGUAGAGUCGGUGUUCAUGGACUCCAUCUUUAGUGAGUCGGCGGGCAAAAAUCUCCCCUUCUUGUCUCUAAACCCCACCCUAGUCAGCAACAUCAGUGGGCCUCCUGUUACAAACAAAACACACCCUCCUCCUAUCCUGAAUAACAUUUCCACCCAAAACCAGGCCCCUCACAGCAAAGCAAAUGGCCAGAUGAGAUCCAGCCCAGCCAGUCUGAAAGAGCACAACGAGGGCAUUGAUCCCAAUCGUGUGCAUAAUUCAGAGCAGUCACUGAGCCCAGAGGACAACCAGUCCCUGUGGUAUGAGUACGGGUGUGUGUGAAUGACAGGGAGGUUCUGGCUUUUUUUUUAAACCAGACUUGACUUAAAGAGGGGAAGGAUAAACGACAAAUCCUCCUCGCCUGCAUGUAUUUAUUAGAGCAUUAUCCCUAUCUCUGUGUGGUGAUUCCCCCCCCCCCCCUUUGUUUCUGUUUGCCAUGUUGCUGAUCGGGGAAUUGCUUUUUUCUUUUUGUUUUCUGCCUUGUUAUCUUCUCUGAUGUGGGAAUCUGAUGAAUGUUCUUCCGUCCAACUGCCUUUGUUAUUAUUUUCCUAUUCAAAUCCAUUUCACUGGCUAACACGAUACUAUUAUCUGCAGUUUGGGGUUUAUGUCUCACAUUUAAGCCUUAGUAUUUCUGUUUAUAGCUUAAAUCUUAAAUUAGCCGUGAAUAGAAACAUUGAAUAAUCUGUCACCAGGAACAUUUUAAUGUCAUAAAUAGCUGUUUCUGAUAGAGAGCAAAGCAUUGUGGGACAGCCCUCGUAGGAGCAAUUUUCAGUACAAAUCCAAAUUAAAAAUUUUCACUGUGUCAGAUAAUAGAUUCACUUUCCACUUCACGUUUAUUAUGAUGUCUGGAUGUAUGGGGGAUUGUCUUUUUCACUGCUUUUGAACUCUGCUGCGUCAUCCACUAAAUUGCACGGCUUUGUUCUGUCUGACCUGAAACGCUCAUUUUGAUUGUUGUGAUCAAAAUGGUCAUCAUGUUUAUCUUUUUUUUCUUUCUUUUUUUUUUUUUUUUUUUGUAUUGCCAGUGUGUACUGUUUGUUUUUGUUUAUUUGACACCUUUUCUGUAUUUUCUUUUAUAAAUCUGUGUAUAUUGUCUUGGGCAUUUGCUCCGGUGGGUCGUCACUGACCUCUUGGGCUGGUGACAAAAUGACGACGCUUCGUUCCCAAAUGAUCUGAGGGAAGGUAAAGCUGGUUAAGUGAAAGUUGACAAUGAAGGUAGUGGGGUAUGUUUUCGUUGAUAGUUGGUGAAACAGGGAGUCAAUAUAGUAAGUUGAGAAUAGUUUUCAGUGAUCGGAUUGUUUUGUGAAUGAAGCUAACAUCAUUUCCUUUGGUAUCUGGAAACUUAUUUACUCAUCCUGAUUCCUGAUGACCACAACUGCACCACAACUUGAGAAUGGUUAAUAUUUGGUUUAUGUAUUUUAGACUGACGAGCUCUUGUACAGAUUGUUGUAAUCAUUAAGUUAUAAUCAAAGACGAGCACUGCUUUAUGUGCCAAUACUAGUAAUACUGUCUGCCUCUAGAUGCUUAUUUAUUUCUGCUUUUGUACUCUGUACUUGGCUGUUUUAUAGGUGCUUUAUUGUUUUAUUUAUCUUAAUCUACAUUAUAUUCAGGUAUAAAGUCAAAUGUUUUUGUCACUGUUUACAGAUGUAACAUAAACAUUGCCUUUGUCCUACAGAUGUGGAGGGCAGAAAGUCUAAAAGCAGGAGCGGGGAGCCGCAGCAAAGCUGCUAAACCCCGCCCCCACCACCCUCGUCUGUCUGCUACCAUGCUGUGAGCGCGUGGUGAGUGAGUGCUGCUCGAGUGGGGGGGUGGGGGGGGUUGAGUUUUGUCUCCAUGGGAACCUAAAACAUGGUGUAACAGAUGUCAUCCAUCCUGCUGUGCACUUGCUUCCCCUGCUUCUCGUAAGCCAAACCCCAUCCCCGCUGUCCUGUUCGUCGACCCACUUACCCUGUGGUGCCAAACGCCUGUUCACAGAGCCUGACAGGACCCUGCAUGGCAUAUGGGCCGUUUUGCCAUGUUGCUCUGAGUGUGUGAACGCUUUGCCUGUUUGUGUCCCCAAACCCCCAAGAGAAGUCCUAUGACUCCAGCACCUCAACGUAUCCCUCCUCUACGAUGCUUCUUGUGGUGUUGGUGUAGGUACUGCUGAGUGUUUCCUGGUGGUGGAAAAAAAAUAGGCCCUUUGCUGUUCUCAGGCUGCGUGUUGUUGCUGCAUGGCUUCGGUGUAGCGCUGAAAUCCUUCCCCCGUCUUGUUCCCUUGAUAACGCACAUAGAUCCAGGCUGGCUGUUUUCUUCUGCCUCCUUGUAUAUCACUGUCUACUGAAACAGUUUCUGACUUUUAACCUUCUUUAUUCUCUUUUUUAUGUUGUGUUCUCUUCUGUUUACUGUUUACUUUCUAAUCUGUCUAUUGUUCUUUCUAUUCUUACUCUUUCCACUCCUUUGCUUGCCUGGGACUCAGAGAGAAAGGUGGCCUUGGAGCUGUGUGUCUGAAGCCAAGUAGAGUUAAUCUGCUGAGACCGUCUACAGUGAGAAAAGAUUGUAUAUGCCAGUUUCCAUUUUCUUCCCUGUUUCUUUUUUUUUUUUUUGAAACCCAGGACACUUCAGUAGAGAAAUGUGGCUUCCUUCUCUGUUUUGUUUUUUCUUCCUUGAAUCAAGGAAAUGACAGAAAAAUAUUAAAAAUGUUGCAGUGACAGUUUUUUUUUUUUUUUUUUUUCUAUAAAGACUAAAGAUGUGGCAGAUUGCACUGCCAUGUGUCCUUCAGUGUGACGGACUGCUAGAUGUGCACUAGUCAACGGAUUUAAGAUUAAAGUGCCAAUGUUCACACAACAGCCAAAAGGGCGAUCUUAAACCAGACUGAUGACUCCUUUUUGGAUCAUCUGUGUAACUUCAAAGACAGUCAGACAUUCUGCCCAACACCAUGACCAUAAAAAAAUGUUUUUGUAAAUGGGCAGCAUGCACAAGCAAAAACAACAUUCAGACAGGCUCGUACAAAACAUUUGCAUAGCAUGUCAGCACUGAACAUUUCCACCUGCUAUCAGACUGAAUAAUCACAAUGUGCAUGAAGCAAUCAGCCAAUCACCCCACUUCCUUUAUCCAAUCAAAGAGGAGGACAGUGUUCAGUGGGGAUUUUACUUGCCAGGAUGCCAAAUGGACUUGGACAGGAAGCCAUGACAGCUGUGGGAUUGAUUGGCGUCUGUUGACUGCCAAUCAUGAGUGACGGUUGUGUGAUCUGAGUGCGAGAGAGACUUAUCUUGGGGAGUGUUCCAGGUCACCUAUAUGACAGUUGGCAGCCAUAGCUCAUGCCACCACAGACAGACAUCCUGAAACAAACCCCCUACACACUGUUCAUCUUAGCUGAAAUCAUAUAUCAUCAUAGAUCCUUGAUCAAAUAACAGUUAGAGCACCCUCAUAGUUCAUUGACAUCAUACCAUCACAGUAUUGUGUAUUUACUUUCUGAGGCAUGCAGUGAGAAACUGUUAAUAAAUCUGUUUGUAUAGGUGACCUGUAAUCUGCUCCAUCACAUGCGGAACGUGCAGAUUUCUGUUGCUGUGUUGAACAUGGUGGUGGUGAUGAGACCCAGUGUUUUCCUCCUUUUCCACUUUUACAUAAACCCAUUUGAUGUAAUUAAAAAUCAUGAAGUCUA